UUGAAGAUACAUUUUUCAUGAUUGUAGCGAUUGAAGUUGGAAGGGUGUCUGAGUUCAACAAAUUGCUUCCCAAGAGUGCCUGUAGCAGUGAGAGUGCAAAGAGGAGUCAGUGCCAAUGUGUUUUUUCCCAAUAAAGCUUACAAAGAGUUCUUGCAUUCAACAUCCGAUGUGACCUCCAUUGACACCAAUAACUGCAGUAGUGGCACUCGUCUGUCUUCAACAAAAGAUGCCCUUCAUUGCAAUUAGAUCGACGUCAUUUCUUUAUAUCAAUAGAUUCAAUCAAUUUCUUGCAUUAAGCUGGUUCUACCAUUUCGAUUUUUACUUACCUCUUCGUGCCACAACGCUAUAUAUCACACGCCAAGGUAAAGGCUCGCAAUUCUUUUGUAUGGUCUUCUUCACACACUUGGAACUCUAAUUUUCUCAGCGUUGUUUCAUUCCUAUACCAUGACAGCUAAUACACAUCAAUCCACCCUAAUGAACAGGAAAACUAACAAAAUUAAGUUAAAAUCAUUAUAGCCCACCAAGUGGGCUAUCAAGAACAGAGAAGCUUGGCCUUACGAUUUAUGUGGAAGCUUCUGCUUUGUCUAUAAUUAAGGUUUUGAUUGUUUGAAAAGUUCUUCUAAGCAAUGAAAUAAUCAGUCAGCAAAAGGAUGAUGCAUACAUUUCAGUCAAGCCGGCUGGGGGCGGCACAGCACUUGCCUUGCCAUUUAUAAUAUUCACUAAAAUUCCUGCCGCAAAUCAGAAUCAAUAAUUUUAACUUCCUCGAACUCGACGUCCGUUGUUACCGGAGAAAUGGUGGACACUGGUUUCACCACCGCGUCGAAUAUUCUCCACCAUAUAUCUACAUUCAUCUCAGAAAUACUUGUUCAAUCCGACCUCCGAAAGCGCCUUCUCUCCACCGUGUACGAUAACUUUUCACUUUCCGACGAGAUUGCCCUAAAACCACUAGGGCUUGCAGCUGAAGCUCUCGAAAACGCCAUCUCCGCCGACAACUCUUCGAUCAAAACCUCCUCUCUCCGUUGUGCAGAAGAGCUACUCCUGUCCCUUCCUGAAAAUCCUAUUUCUUCUUUUCUAUUAUCCCUAAUCUACGGCCUGAAGCACCAAAACCUCAACUCCGCUCUUAGCCUCCUGGAUUUGUUCCUCUUGUACCCAUCAUUGGCUCGGUCCGAAAUCGCUCCGAUUCUGUUCGAGGAGCUCUUUCUCGGGCAUUUUCUUCCGAUAUUUCAUUGGUUCAACGAACAGAGAUCAAAAAUCCUGAAGUCGUUGGCCUCGAAUGGUGGUGGGGAAUAUUCAAGGAGUGAGGCUGAGGGGUGGGAAGUGGUUCCAUGCACGAAAUCGCUGUCGAAGUUGAGCAUCGACCAAACUUUGAAGCUGAAGGAACUGGAAAGCAAUUACGAGAGGGUUUUGGACAGGAAUUGCAUAGAUUUUGCGGAACAUUUCAAAAAGAUUUUGGAAAGGAAAGAGGAAAGUGAAUGGAUUGCAAGUCCGAAGGUAAAAUUAUUGAAUAAGAAAGAGAAAUGGAAGGAAAUGGAGCAGAUUCUAGAGGACAAGUUAAGAACAGAGCACCUAAGCUUACCCAAUGGACGGUAUAAUCCAGUUUGGGUUGAAGAAGAUCCAAUUGUCUCGCUUGUUGAAGUCGACAGUGCCACCAAGUCAAAGUCGCCGUCGCCGUCGCCGUCGCCGCCACCAUCGCCGUCUCUUUCUUCCCGAAUUCCCGGACCACUCAAUUUCAACGGAGAGCAAGAAUCUUCCAGUGGGUCCAAAACCUUUUCUAUCUUCAAUUCGGCUGCCCAAGCUCAAGACGAUUCUUCUAAAAUCGAGGAAAAUGACGGCAAAACAGCAUUGUUUGACUCUAUACUCGAGACCCAGAAGCUAAAACAGACCAUAACGUCCAUGGAAGAAUCAGGAACCAAAUCAGCGGAGUUGGAUUUUGCUAUGGAGGAUUCCGGCAAUGCCUCACCGGAAAGUGGCGAAAGGUAUAAUACACCUUCUAAGGACUUUGUCUGUCCCAUAACUUGCAACAUCUUUUAUGACCCAGUGACUUUGGAGACGGGUCAAACUUAUGAGCGCAGUGCAAUUCAGGAAUGGCUUGAGAGAGGGAACUCAACUUGUCCAAUCACUGGACAAAAGCUGGAAAAUACCCAACUUCCCAAAACCAAUUAUGUGCUCAAACGCCUCAUUGCGAGCUGGCUUGAAGAGAAUCCCAAUUUUGCUUUGGAUAAACCUAUUGAUGAAGCCGACCCAUUGGUUGUUUUGACUUCACCUGUUAGUGUCAUAAGUCAAGCCUCCAUUGAUAGAGGCAUGAAGGAGGUGAGGCGUGCAAUUGUUAAUCUCUAUGCUUCUGAAGUUUUGGAGGAAGCAGAAGCUGCUGUGCUUUGUGUAGAGAGGUUCUGGUUGGAAGAGAAUGUGGAAAUGGAUAUACAACUUAUGUUGUUGAAACCUCCCGUAAUCAAUGGACUUGUUGAGAUCCUUGUCAAUUCGGUAAAUGAACAGGUUUUGAGUGCAGCAAUCUUUCUUUUAUCAGAGCUGGGAUUCAAGGAUGCUGCUGUGAUUCAAACACUCUCCCGGGUCGAAUCGGAUGUGGAUUGCAUUGUGACUCUUUUCAAAGGAGGUUUCAUGGAGGCUGUUGUGUUGAUAUAUCAGUUAGGACUUUCCAGCCAGAGUUUACAAGAGAUGGACAUGGUGGGUUCUCUUUUGAAUGCUAUUAAGAAGAAUGAAAGAGAUGUGAAUAAGAUGCGUUUAAGCCAUAAAUCUGCUGCAGUGAUUUUACUUAGAAAGAUUUUGGGAAAGAGUAAAGAAGGUUCUUUGAUUGCUGUUGUUGUGCUUGCUGAAAAUGCAAUUGAAUGUAUUAUAGGUAGUUUGAAAGCAAAACAGGUAGAGGAGAGGAUUUCUGCAGUUGGGAUCUUGUUACGAUGCAUUCAAGAGGAUGGGAGGUGCAGAAAUAUCAUAGCUGAUACAGCUGACUUAGCUUUGGUUUUGGAGAGUUUCAUAGAAGUGAGUAACCACGAACAAUUCGAGAUCAUUACAUUUCUCUCUGAGUUAGUUAAGUUAAAUAGGAGAACUUUUAACGAACAAAUUCUUCAAAACAUAAAGGAUGGAGGUGAAUAUAGCACUAUGCACUCCCUCUUGAUAUACUUACAAACUGCCAGAAGAGAUCAAUCCCCUGUGGUGGCUGGCCUUCUGCUACAACUUGAUGUCUUGGUGGAACCGCGAAAGAUGAGUAUCUAUCGUGAAGAGGCAAUGGAUAUUCUUAUUUCAUGCCUUGGAGAUUCCGACUUCCCAAGUACCCAAAUUUCUGCUGCUGAGACGAUAAUGUCUUUACAAGGAAGGUUUAGCACAUCUGGACGACCCUUGACUAGGUAUUUUCUUCUUGAACGUGCUGGAUUUACUAAAGGUCACAGGAAAUCCAUUCAAAGAGAUACUAUUAGAAGUGCUCCAGGAGAAGUGGAACUCACAAGGGAAGAAGAGAGGGCAGCUGAUGAAUGGGAAAGAAAGAUGGCAUUUGUACUUAUAAGCCAUGACUUUGGGUUGCUCUUUGAACCAUUGGCAAAAGGUUUGAAUAGCAAAUUUGCAGCGCUAUUUUCAGCAUGCUUUGUCUCUGCCACAUGGCUCAGUCAUAUGCUUAGGAGUCUUCCAGACACAGGGAUUUUAGAAACUGCUCGAGUUUGCUUGCUUGAUCACUUCUUAUCCAUUUUCACAACGACAACAGAUGUGGAAGAGAAAACACUUGGCUUGCUAGCAAUAAACAGUUUCGUACAUGAACCAGAUGGACUGCAGUGCCUUAGUUCCAAUAUGAAAGAUAUUAUGAGAGGUCUCAGGGAACUUAAGAGAUCAACACCGUUGGCCUUUGAAAUGCUAAAAGUUCUAUGUGAGGAACAAGACUUGACUUCUGAAUUCUGGUGUCAUCAAGAACUGUUUCAAGUAGAUUGCAGUACAAAUGGAGAAGUACUAUCAAUUGCUUAUUUCAAAGACAAGAUCAUCUCUGGCCAUUCAGAUGGAAGAAUCAAGGUUUGGGCCGUUAGAGGGACUAAUCUUCAUCUCAUACAUGAAGUUCAAGAGCACUCUAAGGGAGUCACCAGUCUAGUAGUUUUGGAAUUCGAAGAGAAACUAUACAGUGGCUCUUUAGACAAGACCAUUAAGGUAUGGUCUCUCGGAAGUGAUACAAUCCAGUGCAUACAACUUCACGACGUGAAGGAUCAAAUACAUAACUUAGUUGUUUCAAAGACAGUUGCUUGCUUCAUCCCACAUGGAGCUGGUAUCAGGGUUUAUUCGUGGGGUGGGGAAUCAAAGUUACUAAACUCAAGUAAACAUGUCAAGUGUUUGAAUCUUGUGGGUGGAAAACUUUUCUGUGGAUGCCAUGAUAGUAGCAUCCAGGAGGUCGAUUUGGCUACAGGCACUUUAAGUUACAUCCACAGUGGUUCCAGAAAACUGUUGGGGAAGGCCAAUCCAAUCCAGGCACUUCAAGUUUACGACGAACAGUUAUUUUCAGCCAGCACUGCUUUGGAUGGAGCAGCUGUGAAGAUUUGGAGUACAUCGAACUACGGGAUGAUUGGAUCGCUGACAACUUCACUGGAUGUAAGGUCUAUGGCUGUAAGUUCAGAUCUAACUUACUUAGGAGGUAAAGGAGGAAUGGUUGAAAUCUGGAGCAGGGAAAAGCACAACAAAAUUGACACACUUCAAAUGGGUAGAAACUGCAAGAUUGUUUGUAUGGCAUUAGACGAAAGGGAGGAAGUCCUGGUAAUUGGAACGUCAGAUGGUCGGAUUCAGGGCUGGGGAUUGUGACAGAAAAGAGGAAUGGCCUAAAACAAUCUUAAACAGUGUGAUUUUGAUACAAAAGUGUAAAAAUAAAUAAGUUUUUACUUAAUUAUAAUUAUUUCAACUAAUUCUUUAAUCAUGCAUAAGAAAUAUGUGAUGUAUUUUUCUUGAGAAAUGUAUGUACAGUCAAGUCUGAGAAUACUUUUAGGUGGUGCAGCCAUGGAUGAGCCAAGAAACCGAACCAAUCAACCAUUGAAAAGCUUCUCUUGUAAAUUUAGAGUAGAUAUAAUUGUAGUCGAACUCAAAACUCAGUAUAAUGAUACUGACUAUAUUUAUAUUUCUUACA